UAGCAAUGAAUACGACUUAUAUAGAUUCAGAAUUCUGGAAAAAUAAUUAUACUAAUUGCAAUGACUGUAGUUGUUGUUUGAGAGCUAGUGGUGUUGGUGCAAUCAUCAUCGUUGGAUCCAUAUUCCUGGCGUGUAUCGUUUGCUCACUAAUUGUGGUAGCAUUCAUAAAACGUAACAAAUGUAGUAGAGCCAUAAGCUUAAACCAAACCAAUCGUCAACCAAGUAGGAGGUGUGAGGGCAGGGAGCCACAGAAAACAGGAACUGGCACCACUACAAUACACGGUGACGUUACAGAAAACGUCUACGAUGUUUGUAUUAUUGAAAGCGAAGAACAAGAAUUACGCUCAGAUAACAUCACCCACAAACCAACAACAUAUUACAAGAGAUGUAUUGCAAAGGCGGAAUUAUGGAGUAAACAAACAUGUUUAGAGAAUUUUGAUCAGAAAUCACUUUCUUAUCCAUUUUUUCGUGCCGGCAUCUUUGACAAACAUGGCGGAGAGUUACAUUUUGAUGAAGCUGGAGUAGUGUUGUUGAUACCACCUGGUGCCAUCCAACAGUCGACACCUCAACUAAUUUACAUAUAUUUACAUCAUGAACAAAAUGAAAUUCUACCGUUACCGCCAAACAUGAUGGCGACGAGUCCAGUGGUGUUUUGUGGGCCAUCUGGAAUGGUGUUUGACCAAAGAGUUUUAUUAUCGUAUCAACAUUGUGCAAAUAUUAAGAAUAAUAACACGAAUUUGAUAACACUGCGCACCGAAACUGAGCCCGAUCAGUCGCCAAGUUUCCACAACUUAUCAGAACACAAUGAUUCGUUGACCCUUAUAAAAGGCAACACGGUGACGCUACUACUGUCUCAUUUUACUGGACACACUAGUGUUGUACAAUGUGAAGAAAAAAAAGAAACAGUACCUAUCAUACAAGAAAAAUGGUUAAAUUUAAUGUUGUUUUCUUCACAAAUAAAUGAUGAUGAUUACGAUUUACAACUUCGUCUAUAUUGCGCCAAUCAGACUAAAGAUGCCCGAUAUAUUGUGUUAGAAGAUGAACGUCUCUUGAAAGGUUCAUUGUGUGCACCUACCUUCCCAUUUCUUUUUGCAAGUGUUAGUGGUAUAAAUAUUCUCCUAAACUCCGAAGGAAGUUGGAAAGUACAUGGAGGAAAGACUAAACAGGUACUUGCAAAGAAAUGUAUAAUAGAGAAUUCUCAUACUCCAUGUGUGUAUCAUCUUGAACAUGAGAAAGAGAAUACCGUAACAAAAUUAACAGGUCAGAUGCAUGUUUCUCAAGAUGGACGAGAGGAAUUAUUUGGUAAAAUAAUUGAUGUCUUAGUGAAAAAACAGCAAAGAAUAAAUGAGAUGUAUGCUGAAGACCACACCACGGAGUCACACAGACUUGUGCGAAGAACUCUUCUACUGCCCUACCCUCUUCGCGAAUGUAUUCGAAAAAUGUUAGAUAUACAUAACCCCCUUGGAAACGACUGGAGACACCUAGCAUAUUGUCUAGGCUACGAUGACUGCAUUCACCAAUGGGAACAGCAACUUCGUCAGCGUCUGAUUAACAGUCCUACAAAUGAACUGUUGAAUGUAUGGGAAGCUAAGAGAUCAGGGAAUCCAACAACUGAUAUUGAAGAAUUAACAGCGAUGUUUAGAAGUAUGCAAAGAUUGGAUAUUGUCUCAGAAAUCGGUAAAUGGAACAUAAUCCAUGAAUCCAUACUGUAAGACCAAAGAGAAACAAGUAGCGUAUUCACACGAGUUUAUAACUCAUGGACUUUCGAAAAUGGUUUAAUUAGUUUUUAGGGCUUAUACUCAAAGUUUUAGGCCACAGCACCUUCUAUUGCUUGGCUAGUUACACACAUCAUCCCACGCUUCUAACACACUAGUAGCGCUUACAGGAGGCUACAUUUACUACGGUACCUGUUAAGCAAGUGGGUUUUCCCGAACUGUUCGGUUUAUCGGCCUGAUGUAUGGUUUAAUUUAAUAUUAGUUUGCAAUUUCAAAUUAUCACAAAACAGCCACACAACGAUGUAUUAAUUAGUAUUAAUUUUUCCUAUAAUUGUUUCAUUGUUUUAAAAAGAAUAAUUGUUUAAUUACUUUUUUAAAACGUUACACAAAUAUCUUGUAUAUAUUGUGAAUAGAAAUACUUUAUAUGCUUACACUAUGGAUUGGUGGAUUAAACUGCUCUAUACACAACUGUACUAAUAGGCCCAAGGGAUGGAGUUGUUUAUAGUCGUGAAAAAACACUAAAUUCACAAAGCUAUGAAUAAUUAUUACUGAUGUCAGCUCGACGCCUAAACACAAAACAAAAUGGUGAUACUGUAUUGAUUUGUUCUAACGUUGUUAAAAACAUAUUGCACUGUAACUUUUAUAUAGGCAGUGUUAGGCAGUGCUAAAAACAUAGAGUACAACGUUAUCGGCAAAAAUACUACAUGUACCAAGCUUUAUAGACUGGGAAAUAUCAUUUAUAAAAAGUAGAAAAAGUAUGGGACCUACUAUGCUCCCUGAGGUAAGCCCGUGUGUUUGGCAAAUGGUUUAGAUUUUUUUUGUUAAUACAAUAGACUAUGGAAACAAGCUCAUAGAGCUUAUAGGGUUAUCCUCUUGCUCUCAUUUUUGUGUAUUUAUGUACUUGAUUUUUUUGUUUUUAUGUUAUAAUAAUGAGGGGAAUAAAUAAUAAAAAAACAAAAGACAAUUUGUGUUCUCUCAUAUAAAUAGCUUUUAAACCAGUUUAUUUCCCUUUUUUGGAAGCCAUACUUUCUUAGUUUAAAUACUCAUACCUCGUGAUUAAUAGUAUCGAAACACUUAGAAAUGUCAAUAAAAUCGCGCCAACCUUUUCUGCAUCAUUUAAAAUUUCUAACCAAUUUUCCACGAGACUGUGUAAGCAGUGGACGGUGGAGUGGUUCUUAAGGAAUGUAAAUUGGUCGAUUUUAAUUUGAUCAUACUUAGUUACAAGUAAUUGUCGCUGAACUUCUUUCUCUACAAUUUUAGCGAUAUGGCAUAUGACAGAGAUAGGCAUAUAAUUGUUCAUUUUAUUUUUAUCCCCUGUCCUUUUAUAAAUACUCUAGGACUAGUACGUCCAAUUUUCAAAUCACUAGAGAUAAUACUGUUUGAAAGGGAACAAUUUAUAUUAUUGUACAAUAUGGUAGAGAUAAAUGGAGCAGAAAGCCUUAAAAGUUUGCUAUCAAAGGAUAAUGGAAUGACCCGUUCGAAGCACGAACUCCUGUAGACCAAACCCAGUACCGUUACGAAUUUUAAUCGUGCGGGAAAUCCAAAUCGGGGAAGUCGGACCUCUUGCAGUUUUUUACUCUUCGGUAAAAAGUUCUAAUCUACUGAGUUCCGAGGACUGCGCUAUGUAAUAUGACUCAGAUAUCUGCUAACUUUGACAACUAUGAGUUGAAAUAUGAAAUGUUUAUAUAUUAUCAAAGAACUUAAAUAGCAGAAGACUGUUCCGCGUAUUUGCAUUAAAAUUGAUGGAACAUCCGACCUC